GUACACGAGGGCGGCCCGCGACAGCAGCUGUUCGCCGUUUGCGUAACAGUGUUCUGUAUUUAUUAUUUUGUUGUCGCCGCCGUCCGCGUGAGGACCGAUCUCGUUCGCUCUCACAGUCCGCAGGUCUAGUCGCGCUCGUGCAGUUCGCCCGCGCCCGUCUGUCAACGUCCGUGCGUGCCCGUCGAUACGGUAAUAGAAUAUUAUCGUGUAAACAUUAAUCAGAUCUCGUACAUAGCCGUUUAGAUUACUACAACAAUUUAGAGUGUCGAACGUUCAUCACUUCCAAUAAAAUGGAAAAAAUGAAGUGGUUCAGUAUCUUAGUAGAACUAUUGCUGCUGUUGAUUCAAAGUGUUUACUACAUUUGCGAGUCUAUUUAUUACCUGAUUGUACCGUUACCGGAAAAAUCGUUGGCUGACGACAUCGUUUUGAUCACAGGCACAGGACACGGAAUAGGUAAAUGUUUGGCGUUGCAGUUCGCUGAUGUAUCCGCCAAGGUGGUGUGUAUCGACAUUAAUACGCAGUCGAAUGCGGAAACCGUAAAGGAAAUCAACUCCAAGUGGAAAGGAAAAGCUUUCGGUUACACAUGCGACGUUUCGUCUUUGGAAAAAGUUAGAGAGCUUGGUGAGAAGAUAAAAAGCGAAGUUGGUACUGUUACCAUUCUGGUUAAUAACGCAGGAAUUAUGCCAUGUAAGCCUCUCGAAGCUCACGACGAAACCACUAUAAAGAAAAUAUUCGAUAUUAAUGUGUUUGCUCAUUUUUGGAUGCUCGAUACAUUUUUACCCGGAAUGAAAGCGUUGAAUAAAGGACAUAUAGUAUUCUUGUCGUCAAUGGCUGGUAUAAUUGGCUUGAAGAACCUAGUGCCUUAUUGUGCGUCCAAGUUUGCAGUGAGAGGUCUUUCAGAAGCGAUAAUGGACGAGUGUAGAGAAGAUGGAUUCACAAAUCUCUAUUUCACCACAAUUUUUCCGUAUAUGGUCGAUACCGGUCUGUGCAAGAAACCUAUUAUUCGUUUUCCCAGUUUGUUACCACUCGUAACACCCGAAUCGACGGCAAAAGAAAUCAUAUCCGCCGUUAAAAAGAACCUACUUGAACAUUCCAUUCCAAGUCCAUUGCUUGCCAUCAAUAAUGUCUUUAGGUGUUAUCCAAACAAAAUGGCACUGGCCUUUAAAGAUUUUAUGGGCGGUGGCGUUGAUGCACACGAUGAUUGAUGGAACUAAUAACAUGAGAAAUAAUUUUCUUACUGAAAUAUUGUGAAACAAAUAUAAUAUGUAUUCAUAAUAUACAGUUCGUAAAUCGAUCACAGGCAUACGCCGCUAAUCGAUCAAUCGGGUACCGUUAUAUACUUCAAAAUGUGAAAUUCUUUAUAACUAAAUUUGUAGUAAUUAUUUUUAAUUUGAGUAAUUUAAUACACUAAGAAACCUGAAUUUAAGAACAAAACCGAUCUGCCUUAAGCCUGCAAUUGCAGUCUGCUAAUCAGCUUAUUGUAAUUUUGUCUACAGAUAGUGUUAUGUACUUAAUGACGUAUGUUAAUUUAUUUUAAUUUUAGCUGUUCGUAAUACAAUAGCACGUACUUUAAGUUAUAUAAUAUUUGAUAUGAUUCGUGAGUUCUAUUUUUGUAAUCACAAGCACAAUUAUUGUUGUUAAACAUAAUUUAAUUUAAUUAAAAUGUAAUUUAUAAAAUAUUUAGUAGUAAACUAAGACUGUUAUUGUAUCGGAUAAUAAUUGCCUAACGUAAAUAUAUUUAUAUAUAGGUGUAUAAUACAUGUGUAUUGUACCGUGUAUUGCAUGGAAAUUUGGUAUACCUACGAGUUAGGAAAAAAUUAAAUUAAAUAAAUGUAUAUUUUUUCAUUUGUGUUA